GUGUAGUAAUUAACGAGCGAACAUCAGGUGGCGGUGCUCUCUCUUUCUCUUUCGUGGGUUCUGGUUUGGGACACAUCCAACACACUUCCUGUGUCGGAGACGAGAGAGAGCUGUGUCUCUGGUUGUUACUCCAUUGGACUCUCUCUCUCUCUCUCUCUCUCUAAAGCUUAGGACUCUGUUUCUGUUUACUUGGACUCGCCUUAACCUACACCCGCUUUCUGCUUAUCAUGCGCUGCUUUGUACAGAGUUAAUACGACACCAAGCAAUUUUUUUUCCCCAGUUUUCUUAAUCUUUCUCUGGCUUUUCAGCUUUAAUUAGGAAAGUGAGAUUAUAGAGAUAUCAAGAUGGCAUGGACAGACAAAGAUAAUGGAAAUGGGAAAGAGCGGGAACCAAUAGGUGAUAAUGGUUUGUUGAAAGGUUCACAGCCUUCUCCAAAUGCAAGCAGCUCUCCUGUUGGUAUAGCUGCAGCACUGAAGGGGUUUCAAGGGAAGGAUGCUCUCUCUUAUGCCAACAUUCUUCGUUCAAGGAACAAAUUUGUUGAUGCUCUUGCUAUUUAUGAGAGUGUCUUGGAGAAAGAUAAUGUAAAUGUUGAAGCUCACAUUGGAAAAGGCAUAUGCCUGCAGAUGCAGAACAUGGGAAGGCUUGCUUUUGAUAGUUUUUCUGAAGCCAUCCGGCUAGAUCCACAGAAUGCUUGUGCCCUCACUCAUUGUGGUAUAUUGUACAAAGAUGAGGGUCGACUGGUAGAGGCUGCUGAGUCGUAUCAGAAGGCUCUGAGAGCAGACUCUUCCUAUAAACCAGCUGCGGAAUGCCUAGCAAUUGUCUUAACGGAUAUUGGUACAAGCUUAAAACUUGCUGGCAAUACACAGGAGGGCAUUCAGAAGUAUUAUGAGGCUCUUAAGAUUGAUCCCCAUUAUGCGCCUGCAUAUUAUAACCUUGGUGUUGUGUAUUCUGAAAUGAUGCAAUAUGACACUGCCCUAGGUUGCUAUGAGAAGGCUGCAUUGGAGAGGCCCAUGUAUGCUGAAGCUUAUUGUAACAUGGGUGUCAUCUAUAAAAACCGAGGCGAUUUGGAGGCAGCCAUUGCAUGUUACGAAAGGUGUCUAACUGUGUCACCUAACUUUGAGAUUGCAAAGAAUAAUAUGGCAAUUGCUUUGACUGAUUUAGGAACAAAGGUUAAAUUGGAGGGAGACAUCAAUCAAGGCGUUGCAUUUUACAAGAAGGCUUUGUAUUACAAUUGGCACUAUGCUGAUGCCAUGUAUAAUCUUGGAGUUGCUUAUGGUGAAAUGCUGAAGUCUGACAUGGCAAUUGUGUUUUAUGAACUUGCUUUCCACUUCAAUCCUCAAUGUGCAGAGGCAUGCAAUAAUUUGGGAGUAAUAUAUAAAGACCGAGACAACCUUGAUAAAGCUGUGGAGUGUUAUCAAAUGGCUUUAUCAAUCAAACCAAACUUCUCUCAGUCUUUGAACAACCUUGGUGUCGUCUACACUGUUCAGGGUAAAAUGGAUGCUGCAGCAAGUAUGAUUGAAAAAGCUAUAAUGGCAAAUGCCACAUAUGCUGAAGCAUAUAAUAAUCUAGGGGUCCUCUACAGAGAUGCUGGCAAUAUAGCAAUGUCUAUUAAUGCUUAUGAGCAAUGCCUUAAGAUAGAUCCCGAUUCUCGCAAUGCAGGCCAGAAUCGGCUGCUUGCUAUGAACUACAUAAAUGAGGGGCAUGAUGAUAAGCUUUUUGACGCUCACAGAGACUGGGGCAGGCGCUUUAUGAAGUUGUAUCCUCAGUACACUUCAUGGGACAAUCCAAACGAUCCAGAGAGGCCACUUGUGAUAGGAUAUGUAUCUCCAGAUUAUUUUACCCAUUCUGUAUCUUAUUUCAUUGAGGCCCCUCUUGUAUAUCAUGAUUAUGCAAAUUACAAGGUGGCAGUUUAUUCAGCAGUUGUGAAGGCUGAUGCAAAGACUAAUAGGUUUAGGGAGAAAGUCCUAAAAAACGGUGGCAUAUGGCGGGAUAUAUAUGGGAUUGAUGAAAAGAAUGUGGCGAACAUGGUUAGAGAAGAUAAAGUUGAUAUCUUGGUGGAACUUACUGGACAUACAGCUAACAAUAAGUUGGGAAUGAUGGCAUGCAGACCAGCACCAGUUCAGGUGACUUGGAUUGGCUACCCAAAUACAACUGGUUUGCCUACCAUUGAUUAUAGAAUCACUGAUUCACUGGCUGACCCUCCAGAUACAAAGCAAAAGCAUGUUGAGGAGUUAGUUCGACUACCGGAAUGUUUCCUUUGUUAUACUCCAUCCCCAGAAGCUGGAACUGUUUCUCCUACUCCUGCACUUGCUAAUGGCUUUGUUACCUUUGGUAGCUUUAAUAAUCUGGCAAAGAUAACUCCUACAGUUUUGCAAGUUUGGGCUAGGAUACUUUGUGCUGUACCAAACUCUCGCCUUGUGGUAAAGUGCAAGCCAUUCUGUUGUGAUAGUGUUAGACAGAGAUUCCUUAAAAUGUUAGAGGAUCUGGGGUUAGAAUCAUUGCGUGUUGAUCUCUUGCCAUUAAUUCUUCUCAACCAUGAUCAUAUGCAAGCAUAUUCUCUCAUGGAUAUUAGCUUGGAUACUUUUCCGUAUGCUGGAACAACGACAACAUGUGAAUCUCUUUACAUGGGAGUUCCAUGUGUUACCAUGGCUGGUGCAGUACAUGCUCACAACGUUGGUGUGAGUCUUCUUAGCAACGUUGGGCUGGGGCAUCUGAUUGCCAAAAAUGAAGAUGAAUAUGUCCAGUUGGCAUUGCAGCUUGCAUCAGACAUACCAGCUCUAUCAAAUUUGAGGAUGAGUCUCAGGGACCUUAUGUCGAAGUCUCCUGUAUUUGAUGGACCCAAUUUUACACUUGGUUUGGAGUCUGCAUAUCGGAACAUGUGGAAAAGAUACUGUAACGGUGAUGUGCCGUCUUUAAAGCGCAUAGAACUGCUGCAAGAGCAAGGUGUUUCUGAGGCAGGAGUAAUCAAAAGCUCUGAGCCUACUAGCAUCACAUUCUCAGUUGAGGACUCUCCUGAAUCUAUCAAGGUGAAUGGGUAUACUGAGGUUUCAUCAUCAAUGGUGAAUCACUCUUCUGAAGAAAAUGGAAGCCAGAGUCAGUCGAGUACUACUACUCAUACUACAAAUUCAAACAAAGUAAGCUGAAAUUGAAUCAGGUCUUGGCAGUCAUGUAAGGCGUGUGGAGAGACUUGCUUGCAGUGUAUACAUACCUGGUAGACAGAACCUGCUGUGUGUAUAAUAUGUGGCUGUAUCCUGCAGAGUUAAAAGCCAUUAUUUACCAUGGUUACAGCCCAAUAUUUCCUAUUAUAGGAUCAAUUUUUUUUGGAAGAGUUCUGGCAGUAAUUGGUAUUUGGAAAUUUUUCAUGCCAGAAUCAUAGCAAAUUGGGAAGAGAUUUGUGAACUGUUACAAUUAGGUACCUGUAUCACAAUUUUUCCCCCCGGAUCAUAGAGGUUAGCGGUGGCUUGUAAAUUGUAAGGAGAGUUUUAGUAGUUUUGUUUUCCUCCUUUCUUUUGUGAUUUCUAAGUGGCUUGGGCGGAUAGCCAGAGAAGGGUGUCAAAUGAUUUAGUUUACGUAUGAAUUGGAGUCUGCUCUCAUUAACAGUGAAUAUGAUGAAAUGGAGCAAAAAUAUUUAUCGCAUGAUCUACCGAUUUAGGUGCU